AUGUGCCGUUUUUUGGCAGUGUACAUGGUGUUUGGGUUCCUGGACGUCUGGGGUCGGCUGCCAGUCAACUUCUUCCUCAAAGACGACCUCCACUGGAGCCCCAGCCAGCAGCUGGAGUUUUGGGGGGGGAUUAAAGCGCUGCCGUGGGUCAUCAAACCAGUGUACGGGCUGCUGAGCGAUGCAGUUCCCUUGCUGGGCUACCACCGCCGAUCCUACCUCAUCCUCUUCAGCCUCAUGGGUAUUGGGGUGUGGGUGGGUUUCUCUCGCGUGCAGGACACACCCCAAGCUAUAGCAGCGCUGAUGCUGGCCUCCUUCAGCGAGGCAUUUUCCAUUACUGUUGUGGAUUCCAUAUUAGUCAUGCGCACGCACGGCCAGUCGCAGGACUUUGCAGCCUCGCUGCAGUCCUUCUGCUGGGGCCUGCAGGCUGUGGGCAAGGUUGUGAGCGCUGCAGUGGUGGGAAUAAUGGUGCACCAGUUUACGCCCAGGAAUUGCAUGUUGGUCGUGGCUGCCCUGCCUGUCUUCGUGCUCCUCUGCUCCUUCGUCAUGCGCGAAGAGCGAAAGCCCAUCUUCGGUGAAGCGGCGGCCGUUCUUGCCGAGAAGAUGACUCUGCUGCGUGACACCUGCUGCGACAAGUACCUGCUUCUACCCGCCCUCUUCUUGUUUCUGUGGCAGAUCACCCCAUCGGUGGAUUCGGCCAUGUUCUAUUUCAGCACCAAUGCUCUCCACUUCUCAGAGGAGUUCUUCGGCAUCAUUCUGCUUGUGGACGGCGUUUGCCAAGUCCUAGGUGUGGCGUUCUACAAUGUGUUUCUGAGGAGUGUGGCCAUUAAGAAGGUGUUCUUCUGGAGUGCCAUGAUCCUCAUUGCCGUGCAUGCCGCCCAAGCAAUUCUGGUCACAGGAUCCAACCGCACGCUGGGAAUAUCAGACGGAGCUUUUGCGCUGGUGGUUGGCGGGAUUCAUGCCGGAGUGGGACGCCUUGCAAUGAUGCCCCUUGUGACCCUGGCCGCCCGGCUUUGCCCCAAGGGGGUCGAGGCGACGGUGUUUGGCAUGCUGAUGAGCCUGCACAUCUCCAGCUUCAUGUUGGGGAAGGUCUUCGGCAGCGCCCUCACCAAGGCCUUUGGAGUCACUUCUGGGAACUUUGCCAACCUGGCAAACCUCGUGCUGGUGUGCGCGGUUGCGCGGUUUCUGCCACUGCCGCUGCUGUGCCUGCUGCCGGACAAGCUCAACCAGGCUGAGGAGGAGGAAGCCCGGCGCGGCGAUACAGAGACGGCCGAAGCGCGCAUCGGCGUGGCCGCUAAAGAGGGAUCUCCCCUGGACGGCGGCACAAAUCAACUCAGCCCCAAGGCAUAG